AUGUCGAGGAAUUGUGUGCACAAAGAAAUGUAUCCUCGACAUUUUGCCCUUAUAUAUAUAGACCGCGAUGGAAACCUUCGCCAUCAGAUAUCCCCUUCCCUCUACGGUAACCGCGCGAAUAUUCUGACCGCUCAAGUUACGGCGAGGUUUUUAAAAGUGGUGGCAGAAUCAGAGGAACGCUCCCAUUUAUCAAGGCCUGCCCAUUCCCUUGCCGACAAACACUUGAGUCAUGCCUCUUGUCAUGCAAGCUUUCCAACGCUUCGAGGAACUGAGGGAAACGGGGAAAUGGCCGUUGUGCCAGAAUGCGUUACACAGCCUGCGUCAGCCAGAACAAGAGCAACUGUACAGUGCAGGGAAAGGGUAGAGGUUCAGGAUCUCAGUACGGACCCUCACUCAGCCUCGAUCCCUCUCCGUGACAGCAAAUUCCUUCGUCAAUACUAUGAAAAAGUCUUCAAAAAUUUGCAGCAAACGAACUGCCGCGUUAUUGCCAAAGUCUACGUGAAAAUAGUCGAGCCGCGCAAGCAAGUUCAAUACCCUUACAACGGACGCAGGACUGUGGGAGGUAUAACAUACCAAAUGAGUCCCGAAGAAACCAAGCCACCGUGGUGGCCACCUGGUGUGAGCCAUCGAGAGCCUGACCAUCUCUCUAAAGCUGAGCGUAUCGCACUUCUUGUUCAUAUUCUUUGUGACCUACGCCUCAGCCAUGGAAUCACAGCGCAAAAACUGAAAGUCGCAGAACAGCCCAGCAGACGGUUCAUUUAUCCAAUAGGGCGAUCAAGACUUUUAGAUGAGCUAUACACUGUCAGGGAUGCGGAAGAAAAGUAUCUGGAGGGGUUAGCUGGUAGGUUCUUACAAUUGACCGUAUUACCACAACUAAUCAUAUUUCAGAUAGGAAAACAACAAUUCUUGUUUCGAAGGCCAAUUUACCCGACUCCUGCAGCGCAGUGA